AUGGCAGACCUACAACCCCCCACCCCCCGCACGCCCGGCCACCGCCCCACGCACUCGAAGCGCAUCUCGACGCUGCCGAAAGCGCCCGCGUCCAUCCACCCCGCGGCGACCGUCGCCAACCACGCCGUCCUGACCGGGCACCACGCGAUCACCAUCUCGGCGGGCGCGGUGCUGCACCCGCACUGCAAGGUGACGUCGGUGCACGGGCCGGUCGUCAUCGGCGAGGGGUGCAUUAUUUACGAGAAGGCGGUUGUGGGGAUCGAGGGGGACGGCGAGGCAGAGUCCGGCCGCGGCGUCGUGCUCGAUCGGAAUGUUGUUGUGGAGAGCGGCGCAGUUGUUGAGGCGGCGUUGGUGGGUGAGGGCGCGGUGGUGGGCGUGGAGGGGAGGGUGGGGGUUGGGAGCGCGGUUGGAAGGUGGUGCCAGAUCACGCCGCGCUGCGCGCUGCCCCCGGGCUCCGACCUGCCAGACUUUUCGGUCCUGUACGGCAACAACCAGCGCAGACUAAACUACACGGCGCAGACCCGCCCCGUCGUCACGGACAUCCGGAAGCGCGCGCACGAGAACCAGCUGCGCCUGUUCGCAAAGCUGGUCCCAAACAACGCCGCCAAGUGGAUGUAG